AUGUCGACCACGACCAUCACGCGCGACAAUGUCACCACCCUCUUCCCCGAAGUGCACACCCGACUGAUCGGCGCCGACAUGGCUCCCAACGCCCGACCCUCAGGCAGCGACGGCGACGCAGCGACCGACUCCAACGACCUCGCUGGCUACGACGAAGAGCAGAUCCGCCUCAUGGACGAAGUCUGCAUUGUGCUGGACAACAACGACAUGCCCAUCGGCUCUGCCUCCAAGAAAGCGUGCCAUUUGAUGACCAACAUCAACCAAGGUCUGCUACACCGCGCCUUCUCCGUCUUCCUAUUUCAUCCGCAAACCAAGAAACUCCUGCUGCAGCAGCGCGCCAGCGAGAAAAUCACCUUCCCGGACAUGUGGACCAACACCUGCUGCUCACACCCACUGGCACACCCUGCCGAGACCGGACACGGCGACCUCCCCAGCAACAUCGAGGGCGCAAAGCGCGCCGCCGUGCGCAAGCUGGACCACGAGCUCGGCAUCCCGGCCUCGCAGGUCCCCAUCGCCGACUUCUCCUUCCUCACACGCAUCCACUAUCUGGCGCCCUCGGAUGGGAAAUGGGGCGAGCACGAGAUCGACUAUAUCCUGUUCAUCGAGGCCGAUGUCGACUUGAAGAUCAAUGAGAAUGAGGUGCAGGCCACGCGUUGGGUCAGCGCGGACGAGCUGCGCCAGAUGUUCAAGGACGUCGAGUCCCAGACCGGCAUUGACGCGGCUCUGAAAUACACUCCGUGGUUCAGACUGAUCUGUGAGGGGAUGCUGUUCCGCUGGUGGGAUGCCCUGGUCGAGGGAAAGCUCAGUGCGUUCACCGACGAGCAGGACAUUCGGAGGAUGUAA